AUGGCCCCAUCCGCCACCGAGACAACCAUCACGGUUGUUGAGAACGUCAAAAGCGCACUGAAACCUUCCACAAAGGAGGAAAAUGGAAAGAAAAAUGGACAGUCAGCGGAGACCGAUGCGCGGCCCAAGCUGGAAGUCAAUCAUCGCCAGCCACUAAAACUCAGCGGUGCCCUGGACCAGUUCAAGGCAUUCGAUGUGACCCCUGUCAUCGGGCGCGAGUUCAUCGACGUUGACCUCGCCACAUGGCUUCGAGCUCCGAACUUAGACGAGCUGAUCAGAGACUUGGGCAUCACCAUCUCACAGAGGGGUGUUGUCUUCUUCCGGAAGCAGGACAACAUCACCGAUGAUCUCCAGAAGGAGCUCGUGCAGCGUCUAGGGGAGCUGACGGGGAAGCCCGAAACUUCCAAGCUGCAUAUUCACCCAGUGAACAACGCAGCAAGGGAGCAUGGGGGCAAGGACGAUGGGAUCAGCGUCAUCUCGUCUGAACAGGCAAAAAGCUCUACUCUGAUCGCUACAAAUCGAUCAACAAUAACAACCGCCAAUCCGCAAAGCACCUGUGGAGAUACCCUCUGGGCCUCGGGAUACGAGCUCUAUGACCGCAUCUCACCAACACUCAGGAGCUUUCUCGACACACUCACGGCAUACUAUGACCAGCCAGACUUCAACGCAGCAGCCGAGAAGAACAGCUUCAAGCUGUUCGCCUGCGCGCGCGGCGCCCCCGAGAACAUCGGCGACGUCCUGGAGGCCAUCCACCCCGUCUACUUCUUGGACUGGUUCGUCCGCCUGAUUGUUGAGAACCAUGACCUGCAGGUUCGCCACCGAUUGAACGACGUAAAUGAUCUCGUCAUUUGGGACAAUCGCAGCGUCUAUCACUCUGCUACGCCAGACUACGUCGGUGAAGAGGGUCUGGGCGAGAGAAAGGGGUCUCGGGCUGUCAGUCUGGGGGAGAAGUCUUACUUUGACCCACAAAGCAAGAGCAGGCGGGAGGCCAAAAGGACCUAG